AUGUCAAAACCUGAGAAAAAUUCAAAACCUGGUUUUGUUAUUAAAUUAUCAUGCGAAACUGUUCAAAAGAUUUCGGAGGAAGAGCAAAAAGCGAAAUCUUUAGAAGAGCCAACAAAACUCCCUGUACCAAAGGUAGAUACUCCAACAAUUGUACCUAAAAGUAGCAAAGCUCUAACGGAAUGUGAACAGGCUUCCACAUUAGACUUAAAUAAAAGUGCUGACAUCCAAAAUAAGGAAAAAAAACAACAGGAAGCAGACCAAAAGUCUGACACAAAAUGUGUUGAAGACAAACAAAAUACGAAAGAUCCUAAAGCCGUAACUGAUUGGGGUGAUUACGCAGCAUACGUGACAUAUGAAAAUGAAAAUGCAGUGUACACAGACCCAUCAACUCAACAGAAGUACUUAUGGAAUAAAGAAACUAACUCUUGGGAUCCUAACAAAGAUGUCCCAAACAGAGUUUAUAGCUUUGAAAAUGAUACCCAUGUGUAUACAGAAGCAGAUGGUUCCAAAUUCUUUUGGGAUGAUGAGAAAAAAGCAUGGAUACCUAAAGUGGAUGAUGAAUUUCUAGCUUAUUAUCAAAUGUCUUAUGGAUUUGUGGACAAUACUAAAGACGAGAAAAAAGAGGAAGCAAAUAAGCAAGUAAAUCAAAAGAAAUUGGAACCCGGAGUUAAACGUAAGACUGAGCCACAGUGGUUUGAACAAUCUGAAGAUAAGAAUACUAAAGUAUAUGUUUCCAACCUACCUUUGGAUUUGACAGAAGAAGAGUUUGUUAAUUUCAUGCAGAAAUGUGGAUUAAUCGAGAGAGAUCCGAGUACACAGAAAAUGAAGGUUAAACUGUAUAUGGACAAGGAGCACAAUUGUUUUAAGGGUGAUGCCCUUUGCACCUACAUAAAAAUUGAGAGUGUUGAGUUGGCGUUGAAGUUUCUUGAUGGUUGUGAUUUCAAAGGUAAGAAAGUCAAUGUGGAGAGAGCACAAUUUCAACUGAAAGGUGAAUACAACCCGGCGCUAAAGCCAAAAAAGAAAAAGAAGAAGGAAAUAGAAAAAAUAAAGAAAAUACAGCAGAAACUUUUUGAUUGGAGACCAGAGAAAUUUAUUGGUGAAAGAUCUAAGCAUGAACGGAUUGUCAUUGUUAAAAACCUUUUUCAACCAACAGAUUUUGAUAAAGAUGUGCAAUUGAUUCUAGAUUAUCAACAAGAUUUAAGGGAAGAAAGCGCUAAGUGUGGUCAGGUAAGGAAAGUUGUCAUUUAUGACAGGCAUCCAGAUGGUGUUGCUCAGAUUACCAUGUCAGAACCAGAGGAGGCGGAUGAAGUUGUUAAACUCAUAAACGGAAGGUGGUUUGGUAAAAGGCAGAUAACUGCUGAAACUUGGGAUGGGAGAACUAAGUACAGGAUAGCUGAAACUGAUGCAGAAAUAAAUGAAAGGAUAAAUAAUUGGGACAUGUUCUUGGAAGGGAAAGAUGGUGGAGUUAACCAAAAAGUGGUUACAACUGCAGGGGCAGAUGUUGGAAGACCAUCAGAAGAGGUUGUGGAAAAACAAACUGAAGACAACUCAUCUUCAAAACCGGCUGUUGUAAUGGAUUCUAAUAUAAAUACU